AUGUUUUUUGUGUGGAACUGGGUGGCCCAUGGCUUAUAUCUGCUCUUCAAUAUUUGUUCUGUUGAAGUUGUAGGUGGACUUGUACAGUCAUGUGGUCAUAUCAUCCCAGAGUCUCCUGUAUUGGCCCUUGGUUCCAAUUUCACAGCUUUCUGCAUUUUGAAUGAGAGUUGUCUUGACUUUGGCAAUAUCUAUGCUAAUCAGAUUAUCUGGAAAAUUAAAAAUAGAGUGGUACCUAAAGAGCAGUAUCGUGAAAUAAACAGAACAGUUUCCAGUGUCACGUUUAAUGACACUUCUUCACUGGCUACUCCUCUGACAUGCAACAUUUUAGCAGAUGGACAGAUUGAGCAGAACAUUUAUGGAAUUUCAGUUGCAAUAGGCUUGCCUCCAGAGAAGCCUAAGAACUUAAGUUGCAUUGUGCGUCAGGAGUCAAAACUCUCAUAUCCUAUGACUUGUACCUGGAACCCUGGAAGGCAUACAUUCCUUGCCACUCACUUCAGGUUGAAGUACAGAUGGCCACAAGAGAACUUUCCCGACUGCAUACCAGAAGAUGUAAAUAAUUCUUGUACUAUUCUUGACGUACAGUUCUUUGUUAACCUGGAGGUCUGGGUAGAAGCAGAAAAUGCUCUUGGAAAGGCUGAAUCUGAUCCUCUUGUUCUUGAUCCCAUUGAGAUCGUUAAACCUCUGUCUCCACACAACUUAUCAGUCAACUCAGGAAUACUGCCUACUGUUCUGAAGCUCUCCUGGGAGAAUCGGAUUUCAGCAGCUGUGAUGAAGCUGAAAUUCAAUAUUCGCUAUAGGAUUAUUGGUGACACAAACUGGAUGCAGGUUCCUCCUGAAGAUACAGCAUCACCAAGAACUUCAUUCAGUGUUCAAGGGCUCAGACCCUAUACAGAAUAUGUUUUUUCAAUUCGUUGCAUGAAGGAAGACGGAGCAGGCUACUGGAGUGACUGGAGUGAAGAGAAAACUGGGGUCACCACUGAAGAUAAACCAUCUAAAGGACCAGCCAUAUGGAGGAUCAUUGAUAUAUCUCACUCACCAGCUUCCUGGACUGUGCAUCUGAUGUGGAAGGUACUGGAGCCGUUUGAAGCUAAUGGAGUAAUCUUGCAGUAUGAAGUAACUGUCAGAGCUAAAUCAUCUCUCUCCAGUCCACCAGAGAAAUACAAUGUUAAUACCACCAGCCUUACAUUAAAGCUGCCAAAUGGAACUUACGAAGUGACUGUGAUUGCCCGGAACAGUGUUGGGGCAUCCCCUCCAUCAGUUUUACUUAUCCCAGCAAGUAAUUCAAAAGCUCCUGUCAAGAAUGUUAGAACACUACCUAAAGAUGGCAAGCUGUGGGUAGGGUGGACUGCUCCUAACAGUUACGUUCUUAAAUAUGUGAUCGAAUGGUGUCUGGUGUCCAGCAGCUCAGACUGCAUCAUCGAAUGGCAGAAUGAACCAGGAAAUGUUCAAGGGACAUACUUAAAAGGUGAUAUAAAGCCAUUCAAGUGUUACUUGGUAACUGUGUACCCUCUAUAUGCUGAUGGUCAGGGAAGUGGACAGUCUGUUUUUUUUUUAGGAUCGUAAGUACAAAUUAGUCCUUCAAAAGGACCAACUGUUCAGACAAAAAAAGUAGGAAAAGCUGAAGCUGUUUUGACAUGGAACCAUCUCACAGUGGAUGAACAGAAUGGAUUUAUCAGAAGCUACACCAUAUUUUACAAAACUGUCGAUGGAAAUGAAACAGCUGUGACAGUGGAUCCUUCCAAAACAGAAUAUACCCUUUCUUCUCUAACUAGUGACACACUGUAUACUGUUCGAAUGAUGGCAUACACAGAUGAAGGAGGCAGGAGUGGUCCUGAUUUUACAUUUACUACACAGAAAUUUGGGAAAGGAGAAAUUGAAGCCAUAGUUGUACCUGUGUGUCUAGCGUUCCUGUUGAUUGUGCUCCUUGGAGUUUUGUUUUGCUUCAACAAACGUGACUUAAUUAAAAAGCAUAUCUGGCCUAUUGUCCCUGAUCCAUCCAAGAGUAACAUUGCUCAGUGGUCUCCUCAAGUUCCAGCUAAGCAUAACUUUAGUUCCAAAGAUCAGAUGUACCCAGAAGGCAGCUUUACAGAUGUAAGCGUCGUAGAAAUAGAAGCUGAUGACAAGAAGUCUUUUUCAGAACAAGAUCUCAAACCCUUUGACUUGCUUAAAAAGGAAAAAAGUACUUCAGAAGGGCACAGCAGUGGUAUUGGAGGAUCCUCGUGCAUGUCUUCUCCUAGGCAAAGCGUCUCUGACAGUGAUGAAGGGGAAACUACACAAAACACUUCAAGCACUGUACAGUAUUCAACUGUAGUGCUUAAUGGCUACAGAGACCAGACACCUGUACAAGUCUUUUCAAGGUCUGAGUCGACUCAGCCACUGCUAGAUUCAGAAGAGAGAUCAGAGGAUCACACUGGAGGAGGUGACAGUACAGCACAGGGGCAUCAGUAUUUCAAACAAAAUGGUGGUCAGGAUGAAGCCAACACAGAGAGGCUGUGCUUUGAAAGAACAAAGCCAAUUAGUCCUGCUAAUGAGGGGGAUCUUGUUGGAUUUGCACAACUGCAGAUCUCAGGUCAGAGUUCACAGCCAUUGGGCUUUGGGCUGGAAAAAAAUACCCAGGAAGCUGCUCUAUCAGAUGUUUUACAAAUGAGUGCUGAAGAACAAACACUGAGACCUGAAACAGUGGAAAGAAAUCCACUGUCAGUUGAUGAAAUGCCAAAAAGUUACCUCCCACAGACUGUGAGACAGGGGAGCUAUAUCCCUCAGUGA